UACAUUCCAUUUCGACAAGUGACGUAACUUUAACUAUUCAAAUUAACUACUCAAAACGUUAUUGCUCGGAGAAAUGUAACUGGUCACCCACAGAACAAUAACUUACAGAUGUUCAACUACCACGUGGCUGCCGGCAUGAAGACUGUCGGUAUAUCGGCGGCGGGCGGCGUGGCCGAGGCGACGGUCGAAGAGAUCGUGGACGGAUACUCCAAGUACGACAUGUACGAGCUCGGGCUGAACCGCUUCCUCGGCCUCCACAACAAUAAGAGGUUCCUCAGGGAUCGGGUCAAGGAAGUACCCGGCGUGCACUACGGUCUCCCGUACCCGUUCCACGAGUUCGAGACGGGCCGCAACCUGCGCCUGUCGCCCAUCUACCCGACGCUGAGGGACAACGGCGCCGUGUUCGGACAGGUCAUGGGCUACGAAAGGCCCACCUGGUUCGAAACCAUCGGAGAAAACGAGCCGUCAGACAAGCCGCGCCCGUUCAAGAUAGCGUCGACGAAGACGUUCGGCAAGCCGCACUGGUUCGACACCGUGCAGCGCGAGUACUGGGCGUGUCGCGAGCGAGUCGGACUUGCCGACUAUUCGUCCUUCGCUAAGAUGGACUUACAGUCUCAAGGCCGCGAGGUAGUGGACUUGCUCCAGUACCUGUGUUCCAACGACGUGGACGUGCCGGUGGGCAGCAUCAUCCACACGGGCAUGCAGAACGAGCGCGGCGGCUACGAGAACGACUGCAGCCUCGCGCGUAUCUCCGACUACCACUACAUGAUGAUAGCGCCGACUAUCCAGCAGACUCGCUGCAAGGCGUGGCUGAAGCGCCACCUGCCGUCCAACGGCUCCGUGUCGCUGUCUGACGUCACUUCCAUGUACACCGCCAUCUGCAUCAUGGGCCCCUUUACCAGGAACCUGCUGUCCGAGCUCACCGACACGGACCUCGCUCCCAAGAACUUCCCCUUCUUCACCUUCAAGGAGAUCGACGUGGGGCUCGCUAACGGGGUCCGCGCUAUGAACCUGACGCACACUGGGGAGCUGGGCUAUGUGCUCUAUAUACCUAACGAGUUCGCCCUGCACGUGUACACUCGGCUGAUGACCGUCGGCGAGAAGUACGGCAUCUCCCACGUCGGCUACUACGCGUCGCGCGCUCUCCGCGUCGAGAAGUUCUUCGCGUUCUGGGGGCAGGACCUCGACACCAUAACCACGCCGCUCGAGUGUGGUCGCACCUGGAGAGUCAAGUUUGAUAAAGACAUCCCAUUCAUCGGUCGCGAGGCCCUGCUCCGGCAGCGUGAGGAGGGUAUCCGCCGGCAGUACGUGCAGCUGCUCCUGACCGACCACGACCACGAGAUGGACCUGUGGUCGUGGGGCGGCGAGCCCAUCUACAGGGACGGCAACUACUGCGGGCAGACCACCACCACCAGCUACGGGUUCACCUUCAAGAAACAGGUGUGUCUCGGCUUCGUGGAGAACCUGGACGACGAAGGCGUCCCGCAGCGCAUCACCGACGACUUCGUGCUCAACGGACACUACGAGAUCGAUAUCGCCGGCAUCAGAUACGCUGCCAAAUUGAAUCUCCACUCGCCGAACUUGCCGACGAAGUACCCGGACAAGGAGCGCGACGUGUACCAGGCGACGCGCAAGCUGCACGACCCGCAGUACCUGGGCCGCCACUACCAGCCCUAGGCAGCCGUAGCGCUACGGAGACUGUUGCCGUGUGGCAGAGUUACAACAAUCUACGUCUUACUACGCGUCGCUACGACCCGUAGACCGUAGACCAAGACCGUGCCACUCGACUCCUGCAACAGCAACUGAAAGAUGAAUGGCUCAUAAAAUGAAAUGGUUCACCUAUUUCAUUUUUUUUUAAUGUUAAGCUAGCCUAAGUAGAUGUUUUACAGGUAUCGUAGGUCCUACGUCUGAUAACUUAUUUUAAAUUCAGUUUCUGAAAGAACGAGUUGUAAACUUGAGUCAUUUAGCUAAAACGGUAGCAAUAACAACCAGUUAUAGUACUUGAGUUGAAGGGUGAUAGAUAAAAUACUGAUUUGCUAACCUCCUCUUCAGAAACUGGGUCAAAUAUACUUGCCAUUAUAUUCUAAUUAAUAUCGUAACUCAAAAUAGUCAAUGUCGUUUUUGAGUAUUCAUAAUUAAUAGUUCUCAUAUCAAUAACAAAAAAAAAACAGUGCAUAACCGAAUAGCUGUAAGUCUUAAUUAUUAGAAUGAAUUAAUUCUAGAUGGGAUGUAAUGUAGUAUUAUCUAUUCAUAACAAACUUCAAAUAUUUAAUCAUAGAAAUUUAAAAACUUUUGAAUUGAACAAGAAAA